GAGGAGCGUCUUCCCGCGGAGAUCCGGGGCCUGGACGAGGGCGUCAAGAGGCUGGAGGAGCUCGUGCGUCUGAGGCUGCUGGCCUCCGCCGCGGCCGGCGACCCGGCGGAGGGCGAGCCCGCCUGCCAGGAGGGCGCGGGCGAGGCGCCGCCGCCGACGGCGUCCCGCGGCAGCGCGGGGCACCCGGAGGCCUGCGCCGUGCCCUGCAAGUUCUACGCCACGAAGCGGGGCUGCAAGGACGGCCAGGAGUGCUCGUACUGCCACGCCUGCCGCUGGCGCAGCUGCCUGCGGCACCGGGCGCCGCGGCACCAGCGCGCGCCGCGGGCGGCUGCGGCGCCGUGCUCGCCGGCGGAGCAGGGCGCAGGCUGA